AAAAUGAGGAAAUAAGGAGAGAAAGAGAGACUGAAGAAGUGGGAAUAUUUGGCUGCAUUAUUAAUAAAAGUGCCUUUUAAAUUUUUCAAAAAUAUCACGAGAAAAAGUAGUGAACGUUCAAGGAAGGACAUCAACGGAGGUGCCGGAGAAGAAACUGCGACGAUCCUCGCAUGAAUACUUACGGAAGCGCGUGUCUGGCAACCGCGUGACGCGCGAUAAAUUUGGUUCCGUGCCGAUUAUGACAGCGUGAUGCCGUGAACGUUUUUUGUCGAUAAAAUUCCGAGUUCCGUGUCAAUUCGCGUUCUCAUCUCUGGAUGCGAGUUAGCGAUCCUUAAAUAGUGCUAUCGUAUAUAAUCUAAACGCACGUAGAAAAAGGAAAAGAGAGAGACCUAUUGGAAGAUAAGAAAAGAAGAGGAAUGCACACAAGGUCGGACAAAGCGAGGCAAAUCUAAAGCAGAGCAAUCCUCGUUUAAGGAUUGUUUGAGUGUCACAAAGACUUAACGAGAGAGACCGGCCGUGAACGGGAAUUUUUCCCGUUAUCUGGGCGAGGCGAGAAGAAAGGGAGAAGCAAAUAAAAAAAAUUUCGAUGCGAGAUUUUGCGAAAUCUCACGGUUACCUGUCACGGAACCGCGAAUCGCGCGAUUAAUAAAUCAGGUGAACGAGAAUGAAACGUUUCGAGUGAUUUUUAAUCAUUCUGGUAACAAGAACAAUCGAUCGAAAUAAACGAAGGAAGAUGGUGUAUCGAGGCAGUUUGCAGACAGACGACCCCAGAGAUGCGCCGAAGCUGGUCCGGAUAUCUCCGCUGCGUAGUAGCAGGCAAAUAAAUUCGGCCACGCCGAAUUCACGAGCCGUUUCGGUCAAGGGUCCAACUUAUCACAGCUCAUACGCGAUGCCGAUCGACGCCCAUCGGGCGCGACUGAUCGAGGAGAGGCGAUUGGGUCGCGAGCGAGACAUCGAGUCGGUCGAAAAGGUGAUCAUGAGGACCACCGGCAUGAAGAUCGGGGCGCCGAGGCUGCGUAACAUUAAUCAGAUUCGCGAAACUGUCUUUGUAGACCAAUCUCUUACGCCGAUGGAUCAGAUCGGCAAGUCGGAUUUGAGAAAUCGACCGCGCAGCGUCGCCGUUGGCCUCGAGGAGGGUAACACUAGAAUAUCGAGGACCCACAGUUCCCUUCUGGCUGAUCUGAAAGACUUAGAGAGACUGAGAAAUACUCCAUCGAGGAAUCACAGAGGUCUUUCGCAGAGGACGGAAAACUCGGAGUCAAAGUCGAUCUUGAAUAAAAAGUAUGACCCUCCGGCUUCAGCCAAGAUCCGCUCGGAUAUCUUCAAGAUCCAGCAAAUGUUUCAGUCUGCGGAUCCUUCGUCAAGGACGAUAAUCAAGAGUAACAUCGAUAAGAAAAUCAAGAAUGAUGGAGAGAAGAGGAAAUCUGGAACAGAGAUGAAUAAGACUCGAUUGCUGGCACAAAAGCUUCUGGAAGCGUCGAGGAGUAAUCGAGAGUCUUUAAAGGAUCAAUGUAACAAUCCAAAGAAUGCGUCCAACAGAACAUCAAACAAGGAAACGAACGGAAAAGCAUCGAAAAAAGUUCAUCAAGAGAAGAUUUCCGAGAAGGAUUCGAAAGACAGGCAUCAAACGAGCAAGCAGAAAGAAGAAACAAAUUGGGAUGAUCAACCGCGUCCGCCCGCUCGUAAGAGGCGAAGCUCGAAGAAUCGAGGACGGAAGGAUGCAGAUCGUUUUUGUGAGUCUCUCGGUCAGGAGGAGGACUCGCUGAACGGAACAGCGAGUACGGAAGAGAAUUCCAAGGCCAGUUCUAAUCUGGAAAGACCGGAUAUUCUGGACGGGCUGUUAAAGGAGUCCGACCAACAGCUGGCGGACCUGAAGAGCGAUCUCGGCGAGAGAGGACGCUCGCGGAGUCACUGGCGAGGAUUCGUGCAGUCGAUGAGGUUGCACGACGUGGAGCUUCAUUCUGACAGCGAGGACCAACGGAAGGACUUGAACCUGUGGAACAAGAGCAUCAGUCAGCGCUGGCGGAAACUGCGACGAAGAUGCUCUGUGCAGGAGUCAUCGGAGCCGCAGGAAGCGCUGAUACAGGGUGGCGCGAAUCACGGUGUCAUACACGCGGUGAGGUCGACACCGGCCAGCAGAGAAGCCUCGCCGGCCGCGAAGAGUCUUCAGGAUGGGAGUUCGUCGAAGAAACUGUUACAGACUAGUUCCUUGAGGUUGCCAGGCACGACGAAAGGAAUCGCCGAUAUCCAGCAUGUACUUCGUAGCAAGUUCAGCAAGAUAAACGUUGGCAUCAGGAAACGGAAGGCUCUCAGCGUGACGGAGGUGUUUCCACCGCAAAAGGACAACGCCUCAAACUUUUACGUGCCAAGUCCAAUCACCUCAUCAUCAUCCAGUCAGACCUUUGAGGAGAAUCGAUAUGACUCGAGCGAACCUACGUCCCUUCCGCCCUAUCCCUUUCAUGACAAUCUGGAGACCCUGACAGAGAGCAGCGUUCCAAAUUCACCUCACUGCACUGGUCCACUUACUGGCAACGGCAACGCCUUCACUUACUCCCAGGAUAGCUACGAGCAGAAAGAUCUCUACGAGAAUGUGAUGUUCUCGAGGUCCUCGCCGUCAUCCUGCUGCCCGAGGACUCGUCCCAUUCUUCAACGCAGCAAUUCAGAAAACCGCGAUGCCAGUGUAUACGAUCAUUCUUACGAGAACGUACGCUUUCAGCGUCAAAGCGGUCAUGAUUUCUCGGGCAGUCCUUAUGCGGGAAGACAUCUGGCCAGAAGCAAUUCCGAAACUAGAGAGCACUCGUACGAGAAUAUGCACUUCCAGAAGACCCCUAAGACCAGGAAUCAGUCGGAGUCAUCGUUCGAGGAGAUACAUAUACCCAGAGUUACACCGAGGAAGAGGUCUACUGACUUCAAGGUUGGUGGACAGGUGAACAAUUACAUGGGCGAGGCAUUGAAUAUCAAUGGUGGUAACAAAGAGGAGGCACCAUGCAGUCUGGGUGCUGACAGGAGUCCUGGGAAGAGGAAUCCGAGAAGACUCAAUAGCAGAAGCGUCGCGAAUAUUCCUAGCUCUUCAGGCACGAACUUGAAGACUUGGCAAGGUACUCAAGACGCAGAUGAAGGCCUGAAUACGGACUCGGAACUCGAAGACAUUGAUGAGGCUGCUGAAGGCGAGGAAUCACGUUUCUGUACCUUGCCGAGACCCGGCAAGAGUGGCGCGUCCUUUACGAUAUUGACCGCUAGAUUUCUCAAGGGUCCCGGGCACAAGGUACUCGGCUUCAGUAUCGUCGGUGGAACUGACAGUCCUCGUGGAAAUAUGGGGAUCUAUGUGAAAACCGUUUUUCCCAAUGGUCAAGCUGCCGAUUUAGGUGUUGUUAAGGAAGGGGACGAAAUUUUAUCGAUAAAUUCGAAACCUCUUCACGGUAUGACCCAUGCCGAGGCUAUUGCUGAAUUUAAGUCCGUGAAGGCUGGGGACGUUGUCCUGCACGUAGGACGUCGCGUGAAUAAGAAGAAGAGAGAAUCCUUGACUCUUGCUCCGGUUAAUCCUUCCGCUCCGAGACAACCUGUCAAGUGAAUUCGCAUAAAAAUCACAACGACGUACAAUUUUCCUCUGCCGUAUUUUCGUAUACUUAAUCUCUUUUAUAUUUCACAAAUAUUCAUAAUAUAGCAAUAUCGAUAAUUAUUGCUGGCAAUAAUACACGAUAAAGAUUUAUCAUAAGUCAUCAUUUCAUUUUCUUGACUCUUAUUUUGUGAGACAAAAAUAUGUUCAUUUAAAAUU